AUAACGAGCAACCAUCAGGAUAAAAGAGGUCAUCACCAUUUUCGCGCCGAGCGAAGGCUUGCUUUUGCAAUAGCUAUCCACGGCCCGCCAUGUCUUUGAUCAACAAAUUGUUUAGCAACGGAGAGCGGUCAGUGUGAGUGUAGCGCUGUCGUUGUAAAAGCAACGACUUUUCUUGGCAAUCAUUUUGCUCUCGCAUUAUUGUAAGUUCUUACUUUCGAUAUCGUUUUUGUUCAAAGCGAAUUUAGUGUCUUAGAAAGUUAAUUUAAUAACGACUGCGUUCAUUUUUUACGGUACAGUAAGUCAUUUCUUAAGACCAUUAUUUACUAUAUUCGUGAAACUGGAUUUCUGUUGAAAUUUGCAGGAAUUACAAUUAUCAGAGAUAUUUGUGUGAAAAGAUGACAUCUAAAUUAAGGCUAUGGAUCGCACCUUAUUCGGAACUUUCUCUAGAAGGAGAUGGAGCAUUUUGUAAACCAUGCGGCAAAUCGAAUAUGACUGUUACAUUGGCGGCCAAACAUGAAGUAGCCAUUGACGAUAAUGACAAUGAAACAUGUUGUACGAAUACUAAGAAUGGCAUACACGAUCACACGCAAUCCUUAUUAGAAGACCUACCCACCUCUGAAGAAAAAGAAGAGAGCAAAAAGAUUGUUGAUGAUUCCGACAGCGAUGAUGAAUACGAUGAAAUUUACUACCAGAAAGCAAGACAGCUCUUACCCUACGAAGAGGCCCCCGAAUAUUUACGACAUAAUCCGUAUAUAUUGACAGGAUAUAGAAGGAAUCUUAAAACAAAUUUAUGUAUAUCUAGUGUAUUUUGGUGGACCAAUGAAACGAUAAAUAUUUGGUCUCAUAUAUUUGGGUUAUUCCUUUUUGUGGCAUUAACAGUGUACGAUUUUAUGAUUUUACACGUGCAAGCAACUCUAUCGGACAAAAUUAUAGUUUCUUUAUUUCUAGGAUGUUUUAUGACAUGUAUGGCAUUUUCUGCAUUAUACCACACAUUUUCAUGCAGAUCAGAAAAGGAUUGUGAAAAAUAUUUAUCAUAUGAUCUUUUUGGUAUAGCGUUGUCUUUGCUAGCUAUUUAUACAUCUGGAAUAUAUUAUGCCUUCUGGUGUGAUACAGACUGGCAACUAUUCUAUACCAUAACAGUGACUGUGAUAUUUGCUGUAGCAAUGGCAUUACAUAUUCCCGAAUUUAAUGUGGAUCCUAAUGUCAAGACAAUAGUGUUUGUAGCCUGGGGUCUCUACGGUGUCAUUCCAACUAUUCAUUGGACCAUUAAAAACGGCGGAUUGGACAAUCCUUUGGUAGCUAUCUUACUGCCAAGAGUAAUAGGAAUGUACAUGAUUAGCGGUUUUGCAUUCAUCAUCUACAUAACCAAGAUUCCGGAACGAUUUUUGGCUGGAAGAUUCGACUAUAUUGGACACUCACAUCAAUGGUGGCACAUUUUUGUUGUUUUGGCUCUCUACUAUUGGCACAACAGUGGUUUAAUCUAUAUAGAAUAUAGAUUAAAUCAUGCUUGCCCGAAUAAAAUGAAAUUUCCUUGAUUUAUAUCAUCUUUAUUGUUAAUUAUCUUUAUUGCUUUAGUUAGUUUUGUGGUACCUUUGUAAAUAAACUGUGAUAAAGUUUAUUAAA